UGCACAUCCUGGACUCACGCUUGUUUUUGAGGAUGAGCUUCAUUUGAAGAGUUAUAUUGCGACCUACCUAGGUCAUAUUUCUUGGCUACCAAUUUUUUUCGGCAGGUAGGCAUAUAUUUUUUUCCCGAGGAGGUUAUCCUUAUCCUUAUCUUAGAUCAUUUUCAGAAUACCUCUUCAUCAUACACGAAUUAUCUCUUCCGUUUUGAGUACAACAUAUAAUUUCCCAACACCUACAUUCCACCUUUUUCCACUUACUCACAAGCAAAUAAGAAAAAAUGGGGAAGUGCAAGGCCGAUAUUCAUGAGCACCUCACUGGCGCGGUGGGCUGGACAUAUGAUGCGGAAAACGACCGAUACUAUGCAAAGGGAGAGCCAACAUGGGAAAAAACUAAGCGAAUCGAAAAAGGCGAAAAGCAAGGAGCCCUUCCAAGUAGCACAGUAGAGGAGUUCAAGGAGAAAGCUGCAAAGUAUUGAGAAAGCUUAAUGAGCUUGUUCACUCUUACUAGUUUCAAUUUGAUGAAAGUACCAUAUUUGAAACUUCUGCUUCGUAGAUUUGAUGCAGUGUAGUUUGAGACACUUCUAGCCUAAGUAACUAGACCCCUAAAAAUGGGUACAGCGAAAACUACGAUUUUCAACCACCACCACGACCUUCAACAACCACUACCACUACCACAUCCACUACCACAUAUUCACAGGAAAGCGGAGGAAAGACUUGAAAGACUGAAGAAGAUACAAGAGGAAGCAGGAGCAACGGCUGAAGAAGCUAAUGUCGACGAUACAGAAAAGCCAAAGGAAAAGAAGGAGAAGAAGAAAGAGGUAUGAUUGUUCCUAGAUCUACUUGCUUCGUAUGGAGAACAUCAACAUUGCUGAAAAUUCAUUUAUCGCCAUCACAAUCAACUGCUCGAGCUCGACAUCAACUUCUCAAAUGAAUUAUUUCUCGUCAAUUAUAUUAUUGUUAUUGCGAAGCGAACUCGUCGACUUAUGAUUUUCAACUUCAGGCAACAGAGGAGGCUAGCGAGAAAGCGACAGAAGUUGCCGAUGGCGAAGGCGAGCCAGCAAAGAAGAAGAAAAAGAAAGAAAAGAAAGAAGAAGAGGCAUAACGAGGUAGAUGGAUUUACCAUUCGCAGAGUACAACGACAAGUAUAAAGUACACCGCCCGUGUACGCUUAACAUGCUUUUUUAGUAUUGAUUACCAUUACUGUAUUGCUGAAGAACUUCUCAACAUAUUUGUUAGCACAAGACAACACUGGGUGCGAAUGAAAUGCCCUGCAACCUCAAAAUUGGCCGACGACCACAAGAGUCCACAUGAAUCUCCU